CGUGUUUGUUUUGGUUUUGAUUGGGUUCGUUUAACAAGCUCGUUUAACGGAAUGUUUAAGGAUCUCAGCUUUAUUAAAACAAAGUUAUAAAAAAAUUUGUAUUCUUAUAAUUAUGAUCAAAAACAAUCAUUUUGCGACAGUCAUUUUAAAUCAAUAAUAAUGAAAAAUGGCUGAAAAAAAGUUUCGCAUUAAUACCGAAUGUCUAUAUAGGCUCAAGCUAUGCUUAAUACGAGUUUUUAGAUCUCCUAACUCUUGGUUUCUUUUUAUUCUAUUGUUAGCUUUAUGUUUGGGUCAACAGCUUGUAUACUAUCAAGUUGGUCUCCUAUCUAGUAAGUUUAUGGAAGUACUUGGGUACAUAAGAAUAAGUACAUACAAGUUUAAAGUUCUUUUGUUCGAAACUUUUUUACUUAUUUUGACUGUAUCCUUAUUUAAUUGUGCAACAAAUUUAGUUUCUUCGUAUUUAUACUUGAAUUGGAGAGAUUUUUUGACAAAGGAUGUCCAUAAGAGCUACCUUAAUCAAGAAACAUUUUACAGAAUUAAUUUUGAAGGUUUUGUAGACAAUAUUGAUCAACGUAUCACUCAAGAUGUAGAUAAAUUUUGUUUGCAAUUAAGCAGCAUUUCUGCUAAAUUAGUUAUUUCUCCAUUCACAAUUAUAUACUAUUCUGUUAAAUGCUAUGAAGUUUCUGGUUACACUGGUUUAUUAGCAAUUUAUGGCUACUUUAUUAUUGGCAGUUUAUUAAAUAAGUUUAUUAUGUCAUCAAUAGUUAAUUUGAUUUUUCAGCAAGAGAAAUUGGAAGGUGAUUUUAGAUAUAAGCAUACAGAAUUACGUUCUUUCUUUGAAUCAAUUGCUCUGAUGAAAUCAGUUGAUAAGGAAAGAAAAAAUGUGAAUGUUUAUUUUCAUAAAUUAAUUUCAACACAAACAAGCAUUGCAAAUGUUCGUAUUCUUCUUGAUUUUUCAACCAAUAUUUUUGAUUAUUUAGGGGCAGUCCUUAGUUACAUUAUAAUAUCUUUUGCUAUACUAACUGGUAAAUAUGACUCCUUAAAGCCUUUUGAACUUAGUUCUCUUAUAGCCAAAAAUGCUUUUAUUUCUAUGUACCUUAUUAACUGCUUUAGUACUUUAAUUGAUUUAUCUUCAAAUGCUGCUGAAAUAUUUGGAUAUGCGCAUCGCAUUGGUCAAUUGAUUGAGCAGUUAAAUACAUAUAAAUGUACUAGUAUCUCAGAUCUAUCAUUACAACCUCUUGAUAAUGCUGAUAUCUUAUACGAACUUCAAGGUGUAACUUUUUCAGCACCUAAUUCAUCAAAAACAUUGGUAUCAAAUUUAAGUAUUGUUAUAAAUAAAAACGAAAAUAUAUUAAUUAUGGGAAAUACCGGAGUAGGAAAAAGUUCUCUUUUGCGUGUUAUUUCUGGUUUAUGGGAGCUAACUGAUGGGAGAAUUGUAUCUUACUUAUGUGAAAGUGAUGUUCUAUUUUUGCCACAAAAGCCAUUUUUAACAAAUGGAUCCAUACUUGAUCUGGUUAUUUAUCCACAUAGUAAUAUAAAAAUGUCUUCCACAUCUAAGGUUAUAGAUAGAGUCUAUGAUGCUCUUAAAAAAGUAGGUUUGUUAGAAAUUGUAGACCGCUUAGGAAACAUACACGUAGAAUCUUCAAAUCGAUGGUGUGACAUUAUUUCACCUGGAGAAGUUCAAAGGUUGAAUUUUGCAAGAUUGUUUUAUCAUAAACCUAAGUUAGCAGUUGUAGAUGAGAUUUCAGGUGCUUUAAGUAUCCACGAGGAGGAGAAUUUAUAUAGAUACUGUCAACAACUUGGUAUAACACUUUUAAGUGUUGGACAUAAUGCAAGUCUUAAACAGUUUCAUCAUAAAUGUCUUACAUUAAAGGGAAAUGGGGAGUGGGAGCUUUCUCAAAUUGAGUUUUGUUAGAAUUUAUUGUGAUAUGUUUUUACUUUUUAUAUUUUAUACAAAUAACAUAAUUUUAAAUAAAAUUUAUAAGUUAUGUUUAUGAAAAAUGUUUUAUAU